UGAUCAUCUUUCAUUUUACUACUAGUCAUUUUAAUUAUUUUGAUGAGAACGACUGAAAGAGAUGAGAAUUCUGAAAUAUGUUCCUCAGUCUAAGUAGAAGAGUGAAAAUUCCUUCAUUUAGGCGAAUUAGUAGGAGUACACUCAAUUUUGUUGCUUCUCCCUCUCUCAAUAUACACUCAGCAGGUUCAAUGGGUGGAAGUGAACAACAAGUUACUCGAGUUCUAUUUUGUGGGCAACAAUUUUCUGCGUCUUAUGAUUAUACCAAAGAAUACUUGAGUAAUUAUCCUCAUAUCCAGGUUGAUGAUGUAAUAUUAAGUGAUAUACCCAAUGUAAUUGGCAACUACCACAUGUGCAUUCCUAGGAUGACGCGACUAGAUUCAGAAAUUAUUUCUAGUGCAAAGCAAAUGAAGCUCAUAGUGCAGUUUGGUGUUGGCUUGGAGGGUGUUGACGUGGAUGCAGCAACAAAACACGGAAUUAAAGUUGCUAGAAUUCCAGCGGAUGGCACUGGAAAUGCUGCCUCGUGUGGGGAGAUGGCAAUAUACCUGAUGUUGGGCCUUUUACGAAAACAAAAGGAGAUGGAGAUUUCAAUACAGCUUAAAAGGCUUGGCGAGCCUGCUGGUGGAACUUUAUUUGGGAAAACUGUGUUCAUUAUGGGUUAUGGGAAUAUUGGGCGUGAAUUGGCAAAACGCUUGAGACCAUUUGAUGUAAAAAUCCUUGCAACAAAACGUAGUUGGACCUCUCUUCAGGAUGAUCUUGUUGAUGAAACGGGUAGUCAUAAUGAUAUACAUAAGUAUGCAAGCAUGGCAGAUAUAGUUGUUUGUUGUCUAAAUAUGAACCGUGAAACAGCUGGAAUCAUAAACCACUCAUUCAUACAAUCCAUGAAAAAGGGCGCUUAUCUGAUAAAUGUUGCACGUGGAGGUCUCCUAGAUUAUGAUGCUGUUGCUCAAGGUCUCCAGUCAGGUCACUUGGGAGGUCUGGGUAUUGAUGUGGCUUGGACGGAGCCAUUUGAUCCCAAAGAUCCAAUUUUGCAGCAUCCAAAUGUUCUAAUCACACCUCAUGUUGCUGGGGUUACAGAAUCUUCUUAUAGAGCCAUGUCGAAGGUGGUAGGCGACGCUGCGCUUCAAAUUCAUAAUAUGAGUUCAAUUAAAGGAGUACAAUUUGUGAACUGAUUCUGCUCAUUACCAAAUAACAGGAUGUGAAUUUGGGCUGUUGCUGAGGUUGCUGCCAUGAUCAUUUAACCGUACUAAGUUUAAGAACAAAGUUUUUGUGUUUAUUACAGUUCUUUCGUUUUUGGGUUAGUAACAAGUGAGAAAGAUGAUCAAGUUAUAAAAAGAGUGAAAUUUUUGGAGGGAGAGUAUUCUAGAAGGUUGUUCCUUAGCUUCUUGACCGUUGGAUUGGUUGGGAUUGAGAUGCAAGAGUGUGGUAACCGUUAGAUUUGGAUGUGUUUGGCUGAUAUGCAAAAUCUAGGAAAGUCCAGGAGUUUCUGUCAGAUGGAAAUACUUUGUGAGUUAUAAAGUUUGAAUAUCUGUAUGUAUGAUAAGUGAUAUAUGAUGGGUAUUGAUGAGUCAGAUGAAUAUGUAUUAUGUAAGUAGGAGUUGGAUUUUGCUAUUUUGGAAAAAGAAAUUUGGAGGGAGAAGCAGCUAGAAUUCUAUUUUGGCAGUUUUUGGUAGAAGUACUUGUUUUAUGGGUUUUUGGGUCCUUAACAAAACAUUUGGUCUAUACUUUUGCUCUUCUCGGAUAUAUUUGACAAAACUUACUCGUA